CAUCCCCCCCUCCCCGAGACCCACCGGACCCCGAACCCAGAUGGCCGAAGUGGAUUCCCCCUUUUAACGAUUUGGCGUCUCCCUCGACCACUACCUCUUUGUGCCGCAGCCCCCCUCGUAGCCCUGCUCCCGAGGACUGGGCGCCCCGCCCCCUCCCCGAAACACCUCAGCAGAGCCUCUUUCUCCGGAACACCCCUCCUUGGGCCCCGCCGAAAGUUUGGCUCUAGGGAAGGGUGACACUCCCCAGCCCCCCCGCCCCCUGCCCCGGCAUCAUGCAUCGGACCACACGGAUCAAAAUCACCGAGCUGAACCCUCACCUCAUGUGUGCCCUCUGCGGGGGGUACUUCAUCGAUGCCACUACCAUCGUGGAGUGCUUGCAUUCCUUCUGCAAAACCUGCAUCGUGCGCUACCUGGAGACCAACAAGUACUGCCCCAUGUGUGAUGUGCAGGUCCAUAAAACCCGGCCGCUGCUGAGCAUCAGAUCUGACAAAACUCUCCAAGACAUCGUUUACAAAUUGGUCCCUGGGCUUUUUAAAGAUGAGAUGAAACGGCGGCGGGAUUUCUAUGCAGCGUACCCCCUGACAGAAGUCCCCAAUGGCUCCAAUGAGGAUCGCGGCGAGGUUCUGGAGCAGGAGAAGGGGACCCUGAGCGACGACGAGAUUGUCAGCCUCUCAAUCGAGUUCUACGAAGGUGUCAGGGACCGGGAGGAGAAGAAGGGCCCCCUGGAGAAUGGGGAUGGGGACAAGGAGAAGCAGACAGGGGUGCGCUUCCUGCGAUGCCCAGCAGCCAUGACCGUCAUGCAUCUUGCCAAGUUUCUCCGCAACAAGAUGGAUGUGCCCAGCAAGUACAAGGUGGAGGUUCUAUAUGAGGACGAGCCCCUGAAGGAAUACUACACCCUCAUGGAUAUCGCCUACAUCUACCCCUGGCGGCGGAACGGCCCUCUCCCCCUCAAGUAUCGUGUCCAGCCGGCCUGCAAGCGGCUCACCUUGCCCGCAGCGCCCACCCCCUCUGAGGGCACCAACACCAGUGGGGCAUCUGAGUGUGAGUCAGUCAGCGACAAGGCUCCCAGCCCUGCCACCCUGCCGGCCACCUCCUCCUCCCUGCCCAGCCCAGCUACCCCCUCCCAUGGCUCUCCCAGCUCCCACGGGCCCCCAGCCACCCACCCUACCUCCCCCACCCCUCCUUCGGCAGCCAGUGGGGUCACCACAGCUGCCAACGGGGGCACCUCGAACUGCCUGCAGACACCAUCCUCCACCAGCAGGGGGCGCAAGAUGACUGUCAACGGAGCUCCUGUGCCCCCCUUAACUUGAGGAAAGGGACCCUCUUCCUUCUUUUCCAGCCACGCCUCUCCACUCCUCCACUUUUUCUGGGCCCCUUUUUCCACCUCUUCUACUUUCCCCAGCUCCUCCCACCUUAGGGGUGGGGGGCGGGUUUUAUAAAUAAAUCUAUAUAUAUAUGUACAUAGGAAAAACCAAAUAUACAUACUUAUUUUCUAUGGACCAACCAGAUUAAUUUAAAUGCCACGGGAAACAAACUUUAUGUGUGUGUAUGUGUGGGGGAUGGGGUGUUCAUUUUUAGGGGGUCUUGUGUAAUUUGCCCUGCUCUCUUGGGGGGGUGCCUGGAGAUAGACUAGAGGACCACUUGAGGCCCAAUAAAGCUCUGCUCCAUCCUCCUGUUUCCCAGGGAAGAUGGGGCGUUAGGGGGCCCCACCAGCCCCCAAAGCUUUAGGCCCAGUUCUAACUGGCUGUGUUUGGGGUCCACCUUCCCUCUCCCCAUCUUGGCUGCCAUCCUGCCCUGACCAGUGCCCUGCCCACCCCCCCCCCCAUUGUUGAAUGUCCAGAAAAUUGCUAAGACAGUGCCUUUUACAAAUGCAGUUUAUUCCUGGUUCUGAGGAGUGAGUGGGCGGUGGAGAUGGCAUCUCCCUUACCUCCUCCUCUUGCAGUGGAAACUUUGUGCAGAGAAUAGAUAGUUCUGCCUUUUUUUUUUUGCCUUUGUGUGUGGCCUGUGCAUCAUUUAUCUUGUGGAAGAGAAGAUUCAGGCCACGUGAGGCCUCAGCCCUUGGAAUUCCACUGUGGCUUUAGCAUUGUGAACCCACCCCCACCCCCACCCAGGAACCCCGCACUAGCAAGGCUGGUGGUAAAGUCUCAUUUGGGGGCCUAGAGGGGACAGGGGGAGUGGGGUUAACCUCAGACAAGCACAGACCCCAGAUUCUGCCAAAGGCAAACAGCCCUCCAGUCCCCUCCCUGCCCUCAGCUGAGGCUGAGUCAGGAAAGAGUGACAGAGGCUUCUAAAAGCACAAGAAGACAGAAACCUGUAAGCUCUGACCUCAGCUUCAUCCCGAGAGGUCAGUGGACUGUCCCCUGGGGGGCAGACCCCACCAGAUCCCUGCCCGCCUGUUUUUCCUCCAGUAUACAUGGAGCAGAUCGGGGAGGAGGUGAGGAGGCAAGACUCUCACAACCUAGAUGUUUGGGGUUGGGAGCCCCCCGACGGGUUUGUGUUUGCACCUUGUCCUGUGUCUGAGGUGCUGUGGCUGUACACUCCUCUCGCCCUGGGACAUUUGUAUCUCCUGGCUUUGUAAUAAAUGCUGCAUACUCUCC